UACCUUAUAAUAAAAAUGUAUGUAGCAGUAACUGGGACCAACAAGCCUGCAGCUUCAACUGGCCCAGAGAUCAACCAAGUCAAGGAUGCCUACAUCAUAGCUGUGGAAGAUGAGGCCAAAAAGAGGCUUGAAAAAAUCUCCUCCCGUCACCAAGUCGUCCCCGUGGAUAUGACAAAACUGUCACACGGCAGCAGUGCAAGCAGCAGUUCUUCCACCACUAGUACUACACGUGCAGAAAUUCUCGUGGACUGUCGUAAGUUAGCUGUAGAGAAUCCUGCAUAUGAACCGUCUUUGCUAUCUAGUUCAUCACACCAUCAAUUUGUUGGAAAUGGACAAGUAGAAAACACCACAGACAUGAAUGGGUUUGCAGAAUUGGACACGCCCCGAAAAGGGAAGAAAAAAGACAGUAAACGAAGCAGUAAAUCUAGUAAUAACAGUGGAACAGAUUCUCCAUUUAUAGAGACUAUCAGUGGCCACAAUGUUCUCAAGCGGCGAAGUCAAAAUUCCCUUAAUAGGUCACGUGAUGAUGUGCAAGAAUUUGAGGAUAGUAUGAGUGACGCUUACAUGCAAAGUUCGUUUGAGGUUGAGUUUGAUGACUCAGGUCCUCAUCGUGAAAUGGCAAUUGAUUGCCCGGAUGAUUUCCCUCCAGCUGUGAAGUCACCCCCUCGGUAUCCCCCUCCUCCUCACUCACAGUCGUCCUCAACACGUUCGCUCCCACGUGCCCCUCCCUCAACCCCUGCCAAGUCAUUAGAUCUUGCCAAUAACACAACCUCAACAGACAAUACGUUAGAGUUUGUGGCAAAUUCCGUCUCAAACGGCCAUCAGAAUUUAAGUGAAGACCAAGUGGAACGGAUACGUAAACACCAAGAAGAGCUACGCAAGCGCAGGGAUGAGGAAAUCAGGAGAGCGCAAGAGCAAGAGUUCCUCAGGACUUCACUCCGGCGUUCUAAGAAACUGCAAGCACUGGAGACCUCGAUGAAGCAGACUCCAGUUGUGGGAGUGGUCAACACGGCAUAUGAGGAGAAUGACGAUGAGGUGGAGGUGCUAGAUGACGGCUUCGGCAGUGCCCGGGGAUCAUCACAACGGGACAAAUACAUGAAGAAAAAUAUAGGAGUAGACGAUUUAUUUUCAACGCUGCAUCACAUACAGAGCCGACUUAAUGCUGCUGAGGAAAGAGAUGAACUCUCUUUUUUGAAAAACUUGUUUCACAGCAGUGAGUUUCAAAAUGCUGUACAUGUGCACAGUAAAAUUACAGACAUUUCUCGGCAAUCUCCACCCAACAAGCCAGAGUGUACAAAUGCUGUACAGAUUUCUAAUGAGGUGUUCCAGGCACUGCAGUACACAGAGUCUCCAUACUCGUCAGAUCUGAUGGACAUGCUCAGUCAGCCAGGACUGCGGAACCUUCUGCGAGCCCAUGAUAGUAUAGCAGAACAAACCUCCAAGCCAGCCGUCCACGAGAAUGUGGAUGACCUGCAGGACUAUCCAAUCACCUCUUAUGGAGAGGAUACAGUACGAAUUGUCUACCUGGAGAAGACCAGUGAGCCCUUGGGUGCUACUGUACGUAAUGACGGGGAGGCCAUCAUUAUUGGGCGGAUAGUCAAAGGAGGUACAGCGGAAAAGAGUGGCCUAUUACAUGAGGGAGAUGAAAUUCUAGAAGUAAAUGGAGCGGAAAUGAGAGGCAAAAAUAUCAAUGAUGUAUCUGACAUGCUGGCUGACAUGACAGGCACCAUCACUUUCAUGAUCAUUCCAUCUGCCAAUUUUGCCAAAACCUCCUCAAAUGGCCCAGUGAUGCAUGUGAAGGCCUUGUCUAACUACGAUCCUGAGGAUGACAUCCUGAUCCCCUGUCGGGAGCUCGGUAUCUCUUUCAUGAAGGGAGAUAUCCUCCAUGUGAUUAACCAGGAAGACCCCAACUGGUGGCAGGCAUACCGGGAAGGGGAGGAAGAGCACCAGUCUCUGGCUGGGCUUAUCCCGUCCCGUCACUUCAGACAGCAAGUUGAAGCCAAUAGGAAAAUUUUAGCUGGUGAAAACAAAGAAAAUCAAAAGACGGGACGGUCAUGUGCCUGUGGAAAGAAAGAUAAAAAGAAAAAGAAGAAGUCAUUGUAUAGGGAAACAGAUGAUACAGAGGAAGCCCUGACCUACGAGGAGGUUGUUCAGUACUACCCACAACCCAACAAGAAGCGCCCGAUUGUUCUGAUAGGUCCUCCAAAUGUAGGUCGCCAUGAACUUAGACAGAGACUCAUGGAGUCCGACUUGGACCGAUUUGCUGCUGCUGUCCCUCACACUAGCCGUCCACAGGAAGAGCAUGAAGUGGAUGGGAAGGAUUACCAUUUUGUACCUCGUGCCAUAUUUGAGGCAGACAUCAUUGGACGAAAGUUUAUAGAGCAAGGAGAGUUCCAGAAGUCAUUGUAUGGCACAACAUUUGGUGCAGUCAGACAGGUCAUCAACCAGGGCAGGAUUUGUAUCCUCAACCUUCAUGCUGAGACUUUGAGAGAGUUAUAUACAUCCGACCUGAAACCGUAUGUGAUUUUAGUGUAUCCACAAAACAUGGAGAAACUGAGACAAAUUCAACAACGACUGGGACAGACCAAAAUCACUGAUGAGGAUCUGAAGGAUACUGUUGAUCGAGCACGUGAGAUGGAAGACAAGUAUGGACACCUGGUCGACUUCAUCCUCGUCAACUCAGACAUGGACUUGGCAUAUGAGGAGCUCCUCAAAGAAAUAAAUCGGAUAGAGGUGGAGCCUCAGUGGGUACCCGCCCACUGGCUGACGAGUGACAGGUGACUUCUCUCCCUGAAGACAAGAUAGUGGUGUCACUUGAUGGUUAACACUGCCCAUUUAUAGAUGAACAACUCCAUCCAUACAUUGACAUUAUUUUCUGAAGGAUAAGGUACAGGAUGUAGGGGGGGCAGAAAGGCCCUGUAAUCCAUUGACAUGUGACCUUCCCCAGUUUGGUAAUGGAAGAGUCAAUGUCAAGGCUCCCUCUGUGAAUCAGUUAUUUGAUUGGCUCCUAAUAGUAUACCUCAAGAUAACAAUGAGGUACAGCAUAAUCAGCCCAUUAGGAGAACAGGGAUGUGUAUUUAGCUAGAUGUAUACCUAGUCCUAAGAGUGUAUGCCUUUCGUAGGAUUUUAGGACGGUUUUAUUGUGUACAGAAAGUGCUCUAGAGAGUGGAAUCAUGUAAUCUUCCAUAGUUUUAAUAUUUUUAAACUACCAGAUAGACUACGCACAUAACAUAAUUUGUAUAUGGAACUAAUGUUAUGAGGAUCAGCUUGCCAUUAAUAAUUGUGAAAUCAGAUCAAAAUAACAAGGUAAGAAAUUAACACUGCUAAACACUGGAUGUUGGGUGUACAUAUGCAUACCUACUAUGUACCCAGAUGGGUGGAUGACCAAGAUAUAGCUACCAGCUCUGCUAGAAAAAAAACUGUUUUAUAGGAAUUACAGUCCGUCUUUAUAUCUUUUAUCUAGUACAGAAACAAUAAACAUAACAUGGUAUUCAGGAUAGAUACUAUAUAGAUGUCUAGUAGAAUCACACAGAAAUAUGAUAUGUAUAAGGAUACAGUAUAAUAUUAAGUUUUUGCAGCAUAUUUACUUUUGCAGCUUUUGUCGUUGAAGUCGAACCACAAAACAUACGAGUAAUUUAAUUGACUCCACCGGUAUUUCAAAAGAGCAGAACUGUCCUUACUGCGACAGAAACUACCCAAAAAGGUUUGAUCAUAUUGUAUUACAGUACAAACUUAACAAUUGUAUUAAUGUAGGGAAGUGAAAUCACAGAGUUGGGUUAGCAUACAGGAAAUGUCAAAGGUUGGCUAGGAUACAAGAUAGGUCAAAGGUUGGCUAGGAUACAGGAUAGCUGAGAGGUUUGAUAGGAUACAGGAUAGAUCAGGUUUAAUAGGAUACAGGUUAGGUCAGAGGUUGACAAGGAUACAGAAUAGGUCAGAGGUUGACAAGGAUACAGGAAAUGUCAAAGGUUGACUAGGAUAUAUUAAAUGUAAAAGGUUGACUAGGAUACAGGAAAUGUCAAAGGUUGACUAGGAUACAGGAAACGUCAAAGGUUGACUAGGAUACAGGAAAUGUCAAAUGUUGACUAGGAUACAGCAAACAUCAAAGGUUGACUAGGAUACAGGAUAGGUCAAAGGUUGACUAGGAUACAGGAAAUGUCAAAGGUUGACUAGGAUACAGGAAAUGUCAAAUGUUGGCUAGGAUACAGCAAACAUCAAAGGUUGACUAGGAUACAGGAUAGGUCAAAGGUUGACUAGGAUACAGGAUAGGUCAGAGGUUGAAUAGUAUACAGGAUAGGUCAGGUUUAAUAGGAUACAGGAUAGGUCAGAGGUUUAAUAGGAUACAUGAUAGGUCAGGUUUAAUAGGAUACAGGUUAGGUCAGAGGUUGACAAGGAUACAGGAUAGGUCAGAGGUUGACAAGGAUACAGGAUAGGUCAGAGGUUGACACGGAUACAGGAUAGGUCAGAGGUUGACAUACAGGAUAGGUCAACAAGUAUACCGAUAGUUCAGAGGGGUCAAAGGUUGACAAAGAUACAUGAUAUGUCAGAGAUUGGCUGGGAUACAUUAUAGGUCAGAGAUUGGCUUGGAUACAUGAUAAUUGAGAGUUUGUUAGCAUAUUUUCAUUGUUGUAUGCAGAUUGUCAUAACUUUUCAUUUAUUUUACAUAUUUUAUGAAGUGUCUUCCGGUUGACUGUUUUUUUAAAGACAUAUUUUAUUCAUCGGUUGAAAAGUCCAGUCUAGUUCCUGUUCCUUAUUCGGCUGAUAUCAAGUGCCACAUGUACAUCUAAUCACUGUGUUAUACAUCAUCAUGUGUAUGCUGGGUAAAAGUUGACUGUGGAACAGGACCUGGACCACACAGUGACAUGUGUACAGUGUCUAGAUACACGUCCAUCUGUCUGGCUUGUUUUUCUUGAUAGAAUUGCAUUCCAUCCAUUCAAUAUAAAUUAUAUAUAUUCUUAUUGUUAAUAACAUUGUUAUCCGUCAAUUCUGAUAACAUUCACAUAUCAUCCAGACAUUUAUAUUUGCUGAACAGAGUGUUUCUGUCUCUGUUUACUUUUGAGUAGGAACUGCGUCCUUCUUGUAAAUUUCAAAAUUUCUUCCUUUAAUCAUGUGAUAUCUAUCGACGUCACUAUGACGUACCAGUGGUAUCAAGCAUCUCUAGUUAAUAAUGAUUUCUUGAAACUGCGGAAGUGCAAGUAUUUGUGUGUCUUGUAUCAGGGCAUUCUUUUUAUCCAUAGACUGUUUGAAGUUGUAAUAAUUACAAAGAAAUCAUAGAUUUAAAUGUUGUUCAAUUGUAUAGAUAAACCAAUGAAUCGAGAAAGACCUGAUUCCUGGUUGUAUAGAUGUACAUGCUCACUUUGUCUACAUAGGCCAGGUUUCCUGGACAUACAGCUGUACAUCAGAACCAUACCUGCUGUGGAAUGUUGAGAGCACUACACUGGGACGUCUAUAUACAAUGUAUUCUAAAGUAUAAAUCAACAGUUAACAAGUUUUAUAUAACAUUUCAGAAUGUUUUCAUUUCUGAACAUAACCUUUGUGUAGAUAUUUAUGUAUUGAAAAGUUUACGUACUUCAAAGGAAGGAAGCACACAAUUCUAUAUAAUGUUUUUAUACAUAGAGCAAGCAUGUUCAAGGUUCGUGUGUAGAAACUUCUAACGACAAGUAGCACAAGUUCUUUUUAGUGAACUUUUAUGGUUGUUUAAAUAUUAAUUCAAAUUGGUUGUUUAUAUAUGUAUCAACAUUAAACAAGGGACACAAGGACAGUUGUUUUCUAAGUCAAGGUCGACAUAAUAUUAUGUCGGUUCAUGUUUUAUACUGUUAUUGCGUCAUUUUCUAUUCCUCAUUAAUACAUUUAAAGGUUAGUUGUGAGAAUGAGUUUUUGCCCAAAUUAACUGAUAUAUUACGCCGUUUGUAUAGGAACUACUCACAUUAAUGCGUUUUGGUUGCAUUACUGUACAUGUACCAAAUAUAACCAUUAUAUAGAAACUUAAAACCUAUAAUACCUCUGUCAUUCUAACUGUUCAAUGUGGACAAUGAUUAAUUACAUCAUGGUUGUGAGAUAAUAAGUAUCAGUCAACAGACAUUGUGUCAUUUGAUCCAAGCAGACAACCAAAUUCUAUAACCAGAACCCUUCCUGGAUAGGUUUCUCAAAUCUCUUCAUACAAGUUCAGUUGAAACAUUUUCCCAUAUAGCAGACCAUUGCACCUGUACUGGUGGAAAACAGCGCUGUUGGUAACUUUAUUAAAGUCAAAGGAUUCUGUCAGAAUUUUAAAUUACAGAGAAAAAUAUCGAACUUUUUUCUUUGAGAAUAAAUUAGAUUUUUUAUUUUUUUAUGUUUUCUGUAAAACAAUUAGUAUGCAUGGUAAUAUAAAGGAAAGCAUGCAUGCUUUUUCUGAUUAAUGUAGGAAAGGAGGAGGUACAUGUUUUAAUCACGGUGCUAAAAUAUACAUUGAACAUGUCUACUUGCCUUUUAUGUGAAAUGAUUUAGAAUUUCUGUGUUGUAAUGUUGGGAUGUCGUCACAUAUCUGGUAGCCAUUCUUAAACAGGUAACAAGAUGAAAUCAUGUGUAUUAAUGUAAUGUAAACCAGCACAAUCAUGUAAAAUGUAGUUUAUAGUUAAGUUUGUACACAUUUACAAGGGAAGAGAUAAUGUUUUUUUAUGAUUAUGUCUCCAAAGAGAAACAAAUGUAAAACAGAAAAACAAAUGUAAAACAGAAAAACAAAUGUAAAACAGAAUUCUUACAAAUACAUGAUGAAAAUAAGUUAAAUUUCAAGUCACUCCAUCUGAGACUCAGUCUGGAAAUCUUGUACAAUUUGCCUUUUUUCAGUGUCAAUAUUAAAAUAGUUUGAAAAUGUAUUACUUCACUUUGGCUCAAAUAUAUUGAAUCGUUUUGUAUAAAACUUGUUUAGUAUGCUUAUUCUCACGAUUGAUCUGUGUGCUGUCCGUCUUGUUAACACUCUGCUUGUUAUAAUCACGUAUAGGUUGUUUAUAGUGCUGGCGUAUUACAUUUCAUGGAUUCAUCUUGUGUUAUCAAGCAUAUAAACAUUUCAUGACAACAAGAAAAUAGACUUUCCUGAUUUCUCCAUCACAUGUUUUAGAAUUUAUUGUUGUGUUAUCAUCAUGAAUUUUUCAAUUGAUGCGUAAGCUGGGCUCAAUUUUACAUAUAUAUAACAGACAUUAAAAUUUAAGGUUUAUUUUAAUUUCUUUGCUAUUAUAUAUAAUUAAUUUCAACUGUGAAAGAAAUACACAUCACUUCAAUAUCUUUCAAUCAAUAAAUACUGACUUUGAUUGACAUGCAAACAGAAAAUUACUAACAUUACUAAAUUUGAAAACAGUUUUAAUAUUUGCCUUUUUUUUAUUCAGAAAUAUAAUUACAUGAAGUAAGUUCAUUAAGCUGCAUUGUGUACAGCUGUACUUCGUUGACAGGUUUUAUUUGGAAAUUGAAGUACAGAGAUGCAGUUAAGUUCAAUAAUUAAAGAUGUAACAGAUUAUGUAAAUUGAGCUGAAGAGAAUGUUACCAGAGUUGAUAUUAUUGUCUGUACAGAUUUUUAUGUUAUUACGUAUGUGGAUAGAAUGUUUAAAGUGACAGAAGAUAGGUUAAUUGGAUGGCUUAGGAUGGCACUAGUGAACUCUAGGGCCAGGUUGUAGGUUUGUGUGCUAUACUGCACUGUUAGUGAAGACAGUUCCUCCAAGAUUAUAUUUUCUGCUGGUGACACCCAUACAUAUGAAAGAAUAAUUGUAUAGGUUUGAUUCUCAUUAUUUCCAUUUUAUCAAGUAUGAAAACAGCCCUUUAUACAUGUAAUGUUUUGUUUGUUUAAUAUUGCUUAUGUUUCCAAUCUCUAACAGAGGUGAGUGGUUAUUAGUAGGCCCAACCCUUUUUGUGUAAUGUAAACCUGGCUGUGCUUCGUAGCUUGUAGGUACAGUGGGCAACAUGGAACACGAUAAGGGAGGUGUUUGGAUGAUGCUUCAAAGUCCAGAUAACUUUGUCAGAACACUUGUAAAUCUGUCACAAGCGAACAAACUGUUGUCAAUGAUGAGGUAAAUGUAAUUGUGACAUGUUGACCUUAAAAGUAGUCAGGGAGAAGUUUGUUAUAUUUUGUGGAAAGUUUAUUGAACAAAACAGUGCAAUGAAUUUAUUUUUUGUCAAGUUACAAACAUAUAGAGAAGAUAGAAAAUGUGUAAACCACAGUUAUAAAUACAGUUAUUAUUUUGUAAAUAGGCUAUAUGAGUGUACAUAUUUGUUUUGUAAGAAAAUCCACACUAGUAAGUAAUCUUCUGAUAUACGGGACUGGUUUUCUAUAUUGUAGGUCAUGAUUGAUCACAUUGCAAAUACAAUAAAUACAAUUAUUUUCAUACACAUAACAUUGCUAUAUAUGAUGUAACUUAUUCAGACUGUACAGAUAUGUACCACAGAUAUUAAAGCUGUCAAGCAAGA